ACGAGAUCUCCGAAUGACCCGAUUUACACGCAGAGCGGAUCGAAACGCGUAUGAGAACAAAUUAUAUUUCGAUUAAAUUUGACGUCGACGAUGGACGUCAAGACGCAACAGAAAAGCUGGAAGGUGGCGGUGGUGGGCGCGGGCGUGGUGGGCUUCUCCACGGCCGUGCAGGUGGCCGAGGGUCUUCCCCGGUGCUCCGUCACCCUGCUGGCCGACAAGUUCAGCCCGGACACCACCAGCGACGGGGCCGCCGGGAUCCUGCUCGUGGGCCAGUUUCCAGAUAUUCCCUUGGAACGCCAACGACGCUGGUUCCGGGACAGCUUCGACCACCUCCUGGCGAUUGCGCAGUCCCAAGACGGACCCGAGGCGGGAGUGUUGCUCACCUCCGGCUGCCAAAUCUUUAAGGAGCCCCCCGGCGACAAGAGGCCCUACUGGUGGGAUUUGGUGUUCGGCUUCCGCUUCCUGAGCGAACGCGAGCUGCGCCGCUUUCCCGAGUACGCGUUCGGCCAGGCCUUCACCACCAUCAAGUGCGAGUGCUCCGGCUACCUGCCGUGGCUCCGCAACAGAUUCACGAAAGCCGGCGGUAAAGUGGAGCAGAGGAAAGUGUCGGGUCUCGAGGAGUUGAGCCCGGACUACGACGUCAUCGUCAACUGCUCAAGCCUGGGAUCCAAGGAGCUCGCGAGGGACGACGGGGUGUACCCGAUCCGGGGCCAGGUCCUGAAAGCGGACGCCCCCUGGCUGCAGCACUUCAUCCGCGACGGGGACGGGAAGACGUACGUCUAUCCCGGCUCCCGCUCCGUCACUCUGGGCGGCACCCGGCAAGACGGAGACUGGCGCCUGGGGCCGGACCCCGCCGACACGGAGGGCAUCCUGGAGCGCUGCUUCCGGCUGGAGCCGUCCCUGCGUCGGGGGAGGCUGCUGGGGGAGUGGGUCGGGCUCAGGCCCGGCAGGAGGAACCCCAGAGUGGAGAGGGAGGCGACCCGAUUGGGCGACGGCCGCGGGGCGCAUGUGGUGCACAACUACGGUCACGGAGGCUGGGGCGUCUCCCUAGCCUGGGGGACGGCGGCGGACGCCGCCGGGCUGGUCAGGCGCUGCCUUCAGGAAACGCACCCGCACGCCAAACUGUGAUCUUCCUUCCACUGCCUUUAAACCAUCCAUCCAUCCAUCCAUUUUUUUAGCCGCUUAACCUCAAAAGGGUCGCGGCCCAAUCCCAGCUGUCCACGAGCGGGGCGAGGUACACCCUGAACCGGUCGCCAGCCAAUCGCAGGGCAUAUCGAGACAGACAACAACCGCAUUCACAAUCACCCCAAGCGGCAAUUUAGA